AUGUCGUUCAUAACAAAAAGAGAACGCGUAUUCAACGAAUACGAACUUUUAGAUUUACCAGCAAGAAAUGAAGGAAAACUCAAAGCGUAUGCAUCAUGUACAGAUGCAAGGGCGUGGUCACAUUUUUGUUCUGACAAAAGUGAUCACUUGAUAGAAAUUAUAAAACGGAAUAAUGAGACUUGUCGGCCGAAGUACAUUCCCACUGACGUGAUAGUAAAUACAUUAAUGGGGGCAAAAAAUGCAGAGAUUAAUCGUUUGAGGCGCAAAAUUGAAGAAUUUGAACAAAUGCUAGAGGCUUACGAUCACCUUGAUCUAACACCUGAUCAGAAAAUGGAAAUAGCGAACGCUCACGCAGCUAUAAAAGCCGCUAAUAAGGAGCUUGAUGAUAUGCGGUCUUUAGAUAAGAUAUCCGAUCCUAAGGAAACUAAGAGCAACCAGACUAUGGGAUUGUCUUGCCCUUGCGAUGCCAGCACUGCUGCUUAUGACCCAAGAAUUGACGAAAUGCAAGAAGUGAUAAUCAGUAAAGAUGCUAAAUUGAACGCGAUGCGAAAUACAAUUGCCGUAAUGGAGAAUGAUGUUUGUGAGCCUUAUUGUAUCUAUGCUCAUAUCUACACUGCACUAGAGAAAAUAUUUGCUGUUUUAUGUCAAAAUGAAAAAUAUAAGCAGUAUCUUGAUCUUCUGACAUCUGGAAAAGAUACUCGAAAUGUCGACAUAAAAGGAAAAAUCUUCUAUAAAUUAAAAGUACUGGAAAAGUUUUGCUUUGCUCUAAUUGCUCCUUGCUCGAAGGAUUGUUCUUGUUAUCACGCGGAAAUAACUUCAUGGAUGGAAACUACAUUUGCAUUGACGUCUGAAGAAACAAUGGUUACAAAUCUUGACAGCAAACGAGCUGAGCUUGUAGCUGAUAUAAUGGGAAAUGAUGAGAUGAAAGAAAUACUGAGGAAAAAAAAUUCGUCAGUAAAAUUUGAAGAGAUUUCUGCCGAAGAAGACUUUGUCGUUAAUAAUAACUGCAGUAUUAACGUAGAAAACCUUAUUCGCUUAAAAUACUUACAGGCAAGUUAUGAAGAUCUUCUAACUUGCUAUGACGAAUUAAAGUAUGAAAAGAAUUGUUUAAUAACUAAGUGUCAAAAAUAUGAUGAAUUAGAAAAAGAGUAUGAAAAAUUACGCGAUCAAUUAAAUUCGUAUAAUAGUGUGUGGAAUGAAAGAGAAUAUUAUAAAAAACGAUCAGAAGAUCUCGACAUGUUAAAGGAAAAGUAUUUAGUAUUAGCUGAAGAAACAUUAAAUUUGGAAACGCAAUUAAAAGCUCAAAUUGAAAUAAUCGAUGCGAAAUCAGUUACAAUGGAGCAGUUAAGAAAUGAAAAUGUAAAUUUAGAAAAAAGAAUAAAUGAAGCAUCAAUAGUUUGUGAAAAAGAAAAACAUGCACUUAAAUGCCGAUUGCAGGAAUAUGAAUGUAAGAUAAUGUGUCAAGACCAACAAAUACAAAGUUUAUUAGUUCAAAUUAACAAGCUUCUUGAACGAAAUAACGACGAUGUCCUAGAAGGAAAUGAAUUAAAAAUGAUGGGAUUGAUUAAUCAAAUUGAAUCGCAAAAGGAACAAAUAAUAAAUCUUAAGGAUUCUUUGUUCCACAAAGAGGAAGAAAAAAAGAAACUUAAUGAAGACUUUCAAGAAAAUCUUGUGAUUAUUAAUAAUUUAAGAUUAGAAAUUGAAGAUUGGAAGAGAGUUUGUGAAAAAACAAUUCAACGUAAUGAUUAUUUGGAAAAGCUAACAGAAGAAUCACAAGAUGAAAUAAAGAAGUUAAUGGAUAAAAAUAAAAGUCUUAUAAUUGAUGCUGAGAAUAAGGCUAUUGCCAUAGAGAAUUUAAUGAAAGUUGUCGGCAACAAAUCGUUGGAAAUUAAUAAAUUGGUGGGUGAAAUAGAAAGCACAAAACAGCAAAAGAGUGAUUUGAUUAAACAGUUGAAUGAAAUACAUCAAAGUUAUAAUGAUAAAAUACACAUACUCGAAAAUGAAAGAAGAAUUGCAAUGAGUUCAAUAAAAAUAGCUACCAAGGUAAGUGAAACAUUGCUUGGUAAAAUCUCUGACUAUGAUCCGAUAAAUCGCGAACAAAAAGUAGCAGACAGUGGACAAACUAUACAAAAUGGAAUAAAACAGAGUUCAGAAGGCAACGCACACUCUGAUGAAGUUAAGAAAUUUCAAACGUUCAACGAAAAAGCUGAACAAAAUGUAAUAAAACAGAGUUCAGAAGACAACCAACACUCUGACGAAGUUAAAAAAUUUCAAGCGUUUAACGAAAACAGUACACAAAAUGUUAUAAAACAGAGUUCAGAAGAUACCGCACAUUCUGAUGAAGUUAACAAAUUUCAAGAGUUCAACGAAAAAAAAGUCGAAAAGGGCAGUAAAUGUAUGAAAGGUUUAGAAAUACAGGAAAAUGAAAGUGAAAUAUUGAGAAAUAAGCUCCAGGAAAUCAGCUGUCUUGCGGAUAGAUUUAAUAUGUUAAAGGAUUCGUACCAACAAAUACUUGAAGAAAAGAAUUGUCUUGUAAAUGAAUUAACAGAUAAAUCUAAUAAACUUGACGAGGCAAAUCAUCUCUUACAAGUGAUGCACGAUGAAAAACAAUAUUUUCUUGCGCAAAUAAAUGAAAAUGAGAAGAUAAAAGAAGACCUAAUGAAACUAAAAUGUCAUAAUGAAAUACUUUUAGAAAACAAAAAUGAUUUUCAAAAUGAUUUAUCAAUGAAAAAUCGCGAGAUUGAAAGUCUGUUGGCAAUGUUAGGUAAACUUAAAGUGGAAAACCAGCGUUUUCACUUUAUUUCGGAAAGAAUUAGAAUUUUGGAGCAAAAAAUAAUGCAAUUAGAUAAAUCUUAUGAUGAUUUAAUUCAAGAAAAAGAUGUUGUCCUUAAUCAAAUCAAUUUGCAAAAAGAUGAAGUUAAUAAUCUUCAUUGCACCUUGAAAGUAAAAUCUGAGGAAAGUAAUAACUUGUCAAUUCAAAUAAAAUCACUUAAAGAACAACUAAUUCAAAACCAUAAUGAAAUAGACUAUUUAGAAAAGGAAAACUUGACUAUUAGAACAGAAUUAGGUGCAAAAACUACUGAAAAUGAUUACCUGAAAAAUAAAAUUAAUUCAUAUUAUGAAAAAUUAGAAAAUGAGCUAAACCUUUUAAAAACUUCCUAUGAUCAACUUAAAUCUGAAAAAGAAAAGGUUCAAUGUGAUUUACAACUUCAGUUAACCCUAAUGAAGGAAAUGGAAUUGGAAAAUAAAAAUUUACAAAAUGAAAUUAAUGACCUUAUGGAUAUCAGAAAUGAGGUUCAACAACAACUAGCAUCAUCUUCUACAGAUUAUUUAGAUUUAAAGGAAGAAGUACUAAAAAUUAAAAAAGAAAAAGAUUGUAAUCAAAUACGGAUCCAAAGCUUAUUAGACGACAUAGAUAAAUCGGAUCAAUUAAUUGUUAAUCUGAGAGAAGAUGUUUUAACCCGAGAUGUUAAAAUAUCGAUUUUAGAGAAUCAUGUCAAUGAAUUAGGUGAUGAAGUUCACAGAUUACAAACAAUUUUAUCUACCACGAUUGAUUUUGGUGAAGCAAUAAAUGAAAGAAACGUGAAAAUUGACAAUUCCCUGAAGCAAAUGGAAGCACAUCACUCGAAAGCUACUCAUAAUAUGAGAAUUGAAUUAGCAAAAUUAAUGGAUGAGAAUUUUAAGUUGGAAGAAAAACUUUCUGUCACGACAGAGGAAAUUGAGGAGUCUACAAUGAAAAAAGACACUUUUUCUUCUCAGGUAACUCGUUUAGAAGGCGAAAGAGAAAUAAUUGUGACUUACAUUAAGCAACUUGAAAUAAAAUGUGUAGGUGAUAGCGCUUUAUCGCCUGAUAAUUUUUGUGUUGAGAAUAUUUUGACAUCAUUAGAUAGAAUCAGUGGCUAUAUAGAAGCUAGAAAUAAUUCAUCUCAGUUAGUUUUAAGUAAAGCUGAUGAGGCUAAAAGAAUUGUUGAAAAAGAAAAGCAGAAUAUAAUAAAAGAAAAAGAAGAAAUCAUUAAAGAUAAAAUUAACGUACAAAAACAAUUAGCUGUUCUGAAAGAACAGUUAGAAGAACAAAUAACUAAAGACAAGGAGAUUAUUAAUGAUUUAGAAGCAGAAUUAUCAAAUCAAAAACUCAUAAUUAGUAAAAUAAAUGAAUCAACAGAGAAUUAUGUAUCAAAAUUGGAAGAAGAACUUCGAUCUAUUUGGGAAUUAUACACAAAUGCAUUAGCUAAGAUAAGUGAUUUGGAAUAUAAUUUAUCGAUUGAAAAGGAACAAAACAAACAAAAUAACCAUAUUAUAGAACAGGCAAAAAUCGAUAUAGAAAGAAAAUGUCAAGAUAUUAAAGCCCUCCAAGUCAGUUUUGAGACUUUAAAAAAUAAAAAUAUUAUGGAUUUCGCUAUUCAAUGUAAUGUAAAAAAUAUUCAAAAUAAUAUUUCAGCACAAACUGAAAAUAUGACGCUACGGGAUGUUUCUGUUAAUUCUUUAGAGGAAAAGAAUAACAACACAUUUGAUAGUGUAGAUACUUAUAAAACUGACAAGGCAAUGGAUUUGGAAACUACUGGUUUUGAAAACUUUAAAUCUAAUCAAAAACUUAACGAUUUAAUUUUGAAAAAGGAAUCUGAACCAAUUAAUGAAGUCCAAAUUUUGACCGCUAAUGUAAAACCUGAUUUUGAUUUCGUAAGAAACGCAUAUUUAAGUUAUAAAUUAAAAAGACUUAGUAUAGGAGGAAUGGAACAAUGUUCCAUAUCUUGUAUCAGUGAUGAAGACCUUUCGGAUUCUUAUGACAGGGAGUCGAUUACAGCCAAUAGUAAAUUAUCAAAUCCGACGUUGACUCUCAAAGAACCAAAUAUGAAAAUCAAUAACAUCUCGGAUAUUCAGACUCCAAAUUCUACAUCAAACUUAAACUCUAAUGACAAUAUUCAGAAUCGUGGUAAUAAAACAACAGUAACUGCUUUUGCUUUUGUUGAUAAUAAAGUUAAGGACCAUUUCGCCAAUAGCACCAAAAAUGGUAAAAUUAGUAAAACUUCAACUCGUAAGAAGAUCUCUGAAGCUGAAGAUAAAAAGAAUAAUGACCAACACAAAUUCACAAAAGGCAUUAAAAACGGUAAUAAAAGUUUGACUUCGAAUAAUUUAGAGGUAUCCGAUCAUGAAGAUAUUUUAGUUAUUUACCAGGAUACUGAUCGUGACAAUAAAUCUAGGAAUGAUUCGAGUCUUUCAAGUAACAAAGAAUACCUAGUAAAAUCAAAAUCUUUAGAAAUAAAUAAAAUGGACUCUCAAACAAAAGACAAAAAUAUGGAAAAAGUGUUAGUAGAUUCACUAGCUAUUAGUUAUAGAAAACCUAUAGUCAGUAACAGAGAUGAACGUAACGAAAAUUAUUUGAACCAAUCUUUGGAAAAUUCUUUAAGUGAUGUAUCUCUUAUAAAAAAACGUGAAACUAAUGAUGAUAAACUAAACGCCGUUAGAUUGUCGCGUUCACUUAAUUCCUUGAUAUCUUCUGUGGUGGAUGCUGUCUCAAACCAAGAAGUGAAUCAUAAUGUUGGAAAAUUAAACGCAGUAUUAAAGAAAAAUGAAGAAUAUAGAGAAGUACACUGGAAUAGGUCUCAGGUUUUUACGCGAAAUAGUAAAUUAAAUUAUGAUGAAUUAGAUAAUAUAGGUAAAAACGUUUCACUAAUAAAACCAAAACAACAAGAAACAAUAAAUGAAAAGAAUAGACCAAUAAAACAAAAAUAUGAACAUGAUUACAAUUCGAUCGUGGCAAAGCAACAUACCAACUUGGAAGAUGAAACAUUUGAAACUGCUAAUUCUUUUCAAAAAAGUCAUAGCACGGAAAUGCUUACUUACUCAAAUGUGUUUUCCAAUAAUUCAAAUCCUUCGAAAAAUCUAAUUUUCCCAAAUGGUUCAUCAAAAUCUGAAUCUAGUAAAAACGCCAUUACCAUUAAAAAUAAACUUAAAACGAAGGACAUUGCUGUAAUGGCUGAAAUUGAAGAUGUUUCUUAUUAUAAUGAAAAAAUAAGGUCUCUUACAAAUACAUUAAAAAAUGUUGACAGAGAGUACAAAGAGAAAAUACGAGCAAUCAAAGUACAAUAUGAUAACAACAUAAAAAAUAUACUGAAUGAGCACAACCAAGGUGUUCGAAACCUACAAAGUCUUCAUGAAGAAACUUUGCAAGACAUACUAAAAUUACAUGAAAAUGAAACAGACACUUUAAGAACAUUGAGUACAGAGGCUAUGCGAAAAGUAGAUAUACUGGAGAAAGAAAACCACAUUUUAAGAGAUGAAAUCUUAAAGUCGAGCCAGUUUAACUCAGAUGAGGAACAACUAAAAAAGUCGUCUCCUGAAAUAAAGAAAAGCGUAAUGAAACAUAAGUCUCCAUUUGACAUUAAAACACUUAGCAAAACAUCAAUAGAGGAAUUUAGUGUUAAGCCAAAAGUAAGAACACAUGGUCUGUGCACGUGUUCUGUCGGUAUCAACGUUUCUGACACCAUCCGCAAAAUAUUUGAGCAAGUAGAUGUGGACCAACGAAGAACGGCUGAGCAGGCAUACUUAAAAUAUGUAGCAAAUAAAAUACUGACGGAAAACGUUGAGGCGUUAGAUGCUCAAGAGCUUUCUUUUUUGCAUUAUAAAGUAUGCAGAACAUGGAAGACGACACUACGUAAAGAAGAAGUAGUUCAUAAAAGGAUAGACUCCUUAGAAACCGAACUUAUGAAAAAACAACGACUAGCACAAAAACAUAUCAUGGAGUUAGAUCGUAGAGUGGCGGAAGAAAGACGGCGUUUACAAGAAGUCCGUGAUGCUGUUUGUCGCGACACGCUGGCAGGCGCAGCCAGUAGUCGAGCCAGUAAUCCCCAGCCAUCAACUCGUGUUAUUCUUCAACACAAUAUCGCCGAAAAGGAUGUAUCGUAA